AUGACCAAUAGAAACGCAGCCCAGGAGGGGGCGCGGCUACCGCUAGCGGGCCCCGUCCCGCCCGUGCUUCCGGCAGGGCUGAGGAGGCGAGUGGAAACUUUCCCAGAGUUCCUCCGAGCUUCGGCCCGCGGCAGGGCGGGCGGAGCCCUGGCAGCGUCCGGGGACCUGCGGCGGCUCGGCCGGCUGGUGCAGCAGGGCCGGCUGUCCGCCCUGCAGGAGGAGCUGCGGCGGGCGGGCGGCCCGGGGCCCGCUGGGGACACGUUGUUGCACUGUGCUGCCCGCCAUGGGCGCCGGGACGUCCUGGCCUACCUGGCCGAGUCCUGGGACUUGGACAUCGAGGCCGCCGACCGGGAUUACAAGCAGCCUCUACACGAGGCUGCCUCCGCGGGCCACCUGGACUGCGUGCGUUACCUGCUGGGCCGGGGAGCCGCGGUCGACUGCCUGAAGAAGGCCGACUGGACUCCUCUGAUGAUGGCAUGCACUCGAAGGAAUCUGGAGGUGAUCCAAGACCUUGUGAAACACGGCGCCAAUCCACUUCUGAAGAACAAAGACGGCUGGAACACUUUCCACAUUGCCAGCCGAGAAGGUGACCCACUGAUCCUCCAGUACUUGCUUACUGUUUGCCCAGUUGCCUGGAAAACAGAGAGCAAAAUUGGGAGAACUCCUCUGCACACCGCAGCAAUGCAUGGCUGCUUAGAGGCAGUAAAAGUGCUUCUUCAGAGGUGUCAGUAUGAACCAGACUGCAGAGACAAGUGUGGCUUCACACCCUUUAUGGAUGCAAUCCAGUGUGGUCAUGUUAACGUAGCCAGGCUGCUCCUCACGAAACAUAAGGCCUGUGUUUCCACUGAGGAUUCCCUGGGGGCCCAGGCUAUACACAGGGCAGCAAUCACUGGGCAGAAUGAAGCCAUCCGAUUCUUGGUUUCUGAACUUGGCAUUGAUGUAGAUGUGAGAACAACAUCAGCCCACCUCACAGCACUUCACUAUGCAGCUAAGGAAGGACAUGUAAGCACAAUUCAGAUGCUCUUGUCCUUGGGCGCUGACAUCAACUCCAAAGAUGAAAGAAACCGAUCAGCCUUGCACCUGGCUUGUGCGGGUCAGCACACAGCUUGUGUCAAGUUCCUUCUGCAGUCUGGGCUCAAGGACUCCCCAGAUGUGACGGGCACCCUGGCUCAGCAGCUCACACAGAGCACAGACAUCCUUCAGUGCUUCACCCACAGCAUGAUGGUGUGAGCAUGUUUCUAAAGACAACGCUGAGAUGCAUGGAGUUCACAUUCUGCUGCUGAGUUCUGAUAGCUUCAGUGCAACCGGUGGACAGUGUUCUGUCCCUGCCCUUCCCACGCCAGUCAAGAAUUCCCCAAUGAUGAGUGGCCAGCUUCCUAGCUGUGUGACUGGCACAUUCUCAGACCUGGACCACAAUUGGGAUCUUUCCGUAAUCUUGGUUUAACUUUUUCUACCGUUUCAGUAAAUUAGAUGAUAUUUAUGAAGUCAGUGUCUGGAAUCCUUAAAGAAGCACGUGAUUUGCCUGAAUGUGGUACUGUAUACAUGCUUAACUAUAUUUGAAAUACUUUAUGAUACCAUAUGGUAAGGCAAUGGCAGUAACACUAAAAAGAUAAGAAAUUGCUAUUAACCUGAGCCCUAAAACAUAAUUGGCCUGUUUGCUUUCUUCAUUCAUGGGCUUUUUCUCAGCCAUUACAGUGGUUGAACUUUUGGUUUUGUAGCCAGGAAGGGAAUGCUGAUAAUCUGUUUAUAUAGACAUUUAUAAGGAAUUAGUGAAAACGUUUCUAUAUUCUAAGCACUCCUAACUAAGCUAUAAUGUUUUGAUCUUGAGAUUUUUAUUUAUAUUCACAAAUUCUAUCUUGGCUCUUUUUAGGUAAUGAAGAUACCUAAAAAAUG